GGUAUUAUCAAAAGGUGCGCUACUUUUCUAACGUGGUUUACCAGGCAUGUCUGUGGACGUACCAUUCUAACUAGGUGGCGACGCUGCACUUAAACCACUAAAUCCAAAACGUGUUUGUAAAUCUAUUGAUUUUCGUCUGAUAUUUUUGUUCUAGCUACAAGCAUCUCUUUUCCUAACACGUUUUCAAGGCUACAGGUAACUUUAUUGAGGCUUGCAGUGACAGUGAAUGCUGCGUUCCUCCUUGUGCUACGUACGUUUAGUAACAACACCUAAACGGUUCCUAAAACAUAAACGCCCUGGAGAUAAGAUGAUUCCACCACCACACUCCAUAUCAUUAACCGUUGUUGGCAAUGGACGCGCUGGUUCCUCGAAAUCGAUGCUCAUUGACACAGGGGUAUGUCGUUAUUUGGUCAACUGUGGUGAGUCAACGCAAAGAGUCUUGGCAGAAUAUCGGUAAUGAUGCUCUUAGUUUACUUAAUAUUAGAAUGAAAACUUCGCGCAUACAACAUGUCUUUCUUACGCGUAUGUCUUGGGAUUGCACUUCUGGAUUACUAGGUGUGGCAUUGACUGCAAAGGCCGCAGGAGUUAAGAAGUUAACUAUACAUGGACCCACAGAACUAGAACAUCUGAUGCAAUUGACUCGUCCGUUUACUGAUUGUAAAACAACCGAUAUCGUCAUGAGUGAGAUUCAUGAGAAGUAUUACACUGAUGAUGCAUUUCGCGUACAAUCUUUCCAAAUAUUCAAGCCAACAAACGUAAAUGAAGAACCAGUCUACAAACGACGAAAAGAAAAUCUGGGUAAUGUAUCAGAAUCUAGUGUUUUUAUAUACUACUUCCAGCCAUUUCGUACACGUCGUAAGUUGAUCAUGUCAAAGUUCAAUGAAGCAUGUAUACCAGCAUCUGUUCUAAAAUCCGGGGAAAUACAAGCUGUUAUAAAUGGAGAAAAUUUAAUUUUAAGUGAUGGACGUAUAAUAUCUCCGGAUGAAGUAACUGUGCCAUCACCACCAUCAAAAAAUAUGCUUUUCGUCGACUGUCCGAAUUCUGAUUACAUUCCUGCAUUUAUAUCCAAUGAACACUUUUUCAAUUCUAUUCAAGCCGAGGAGCCUAGUGGAAAUCUAACCUCUGGUGUAUCCUUAGUUGUUCAUUUUACACCACCAGGCAUGUUCUAUUCAAACCAGUAUCAGAAAUUUGUACAGAAGUUGGAAGACUGUGCAUUGCAAAAAUCUGAUACAAAGGAUCCAACUACAACACUGAAACAUUUGGUUCUUGAUGGCACUGGUUUUGUAACUGAUCGUGUUGGUAUGUAUUCUCAAACAUUCAUCCUAAAUCGGUUUUUCGACUCAAAGGUCUACCCACUGCUUUUCGAUAUGGCAGAUUCUGAUACUGUUUCUAAACGGAACGAAACAAUAUCAAAGAAUAUUGAUCCUUUCUCUUCCGUUGUAACUGCUGAACCUUAUUUGCAGUUUUCCUUGAGACCAUGGACAGGGUUUAACAAACCUACUUAUCCACAUUUAAAUGGUGAUGAAUUUGUGUCACAAAUUUUUGAUCCGGUUUAUAUGAGUUUACAAGAAGCAGAAGAACAAUUUGUUAAAAUGAGAGAAUCCAUUGAAUCCAACAAACCACCAGCUCAUAGAUUAGCAUCAGAGGAGUAUCCUGAAAUCACAUUUCUUGGCACUGCAUCUUCCUCUCCUAACAAAUAUCGUAAUAUCAGUUGUAUUCUUAUGCAACUAGAUCCAGAUAACUACAUAAUGUUGGAUUGUGGAGAGGGUUCUUUAAGUCAACUAUACGCACUACAUGGUGUCGAAAAAGGAAAUAAUAUUUUGCGCAAACUUCGAUUAAUUCUUGUUACUCAUAUGCACGCUGAUCAUCAUGGUGGUGUCUUCACAGUAGCUCUAGUUCGUUCCAGUCUACUUAAAUCAGAUGGUAUUGACCAAUCCAAUUGUUUAUUACCUGUCCUUGCUCCAUCAGGAUUCUAUCAUUGGUUAGUUAAUUUCAAUGAACUUUUCCAUAAUGACCAAAUUGUUGACCCAUUCAUCAUACAAAUUCUUUACGAUGAACAUGAUAAGAAUUCAAGUCCUUCAUGCGCAUUAAACAUGAAACGAAACGAGACGGAAAAGUGGUUAAAAUUAUUAGAGCAGCUUGAUAUUAAUGUAAGUAAAUUUUAUCCCUUUUUUGUCAUUAAGUCCUAAUAGUUCCAUCUUGGUUUAAUUUAUGCCUUAUUUGCGUUACUGUCUUAUGUUAAUGGGAGAAAACCAACACUUACCAACUUAUUGUUUUGUUACAGGUCUAUUUUAUGGAACAAAUACGUAUAUUAAUUGUGCAUUUAAUCAUACUAAGCAUCACUAUCGACGAUAACUUGUAUUUUUAAUACUCUGUUGUUGUUUGUAUGAAGUAUUUCAUUGUGUUUAUGCGAUGCUAAGUGACGAGGAUUAUACAGUGUAGUUGCUUGGGAAAAUAUAUGUUAUACACCUGCUCAGGAAAGUUGUAAAUAUUGUGAAAGUAUUGUAUUAAAGUGCGUAUGGUUAUUGUGCAUUCAAAAGAGAAAAUGAUUUGAUACUGUUGGUCUUUUAGACUUUGGAGAAUAACCACAUACCUUGAUGGACGUCUACAAUGCAAUCAGUCAUACACCCAGUUACAAAUUUACUGGAUUUUGUAGAAUUUGCCUUGAUUUAAAAAUCUAUUACUUAAUCUGAAGUUAUGUGUUAUAUUGUUCUAAUCGUCCCUUAAACCCCUUUCGGACAAGAGUAUUAGAUAGCAAAUUGUCCUGGUGUAAUGUCUUACUUAAAGUUAGGCUGAAAAUGCCUACAUUAUAACUGAUUAAAUUCUGUUACACUGCUUUAAAAUCAACCCUUUUAGCAAUAUAGUUUAUAUGCGCUUUGUAAAAUAAGGCAAGGUGACUAAUAAAUGUGGACAGUUGUUAUAGCCAGACAACAUAUAUUAUGAUAAUGAAGUGUCACUCAUUAAAUUAAUUUCUACUUGUGAGGGAAAUAUUAUAAAUAAGUAUUAAAUGGCAGAAUUUGAUAGAAUUUAAAUAUUUCUAAAUAGUGGCUACCAGAGGAAUCCAGUAGUACAUGAACAUCUCUGACCUAUAUGAUGAAGCCCAUCACUUAAAUGUCUACGUUUCUGUUUACAGAGAUACUUGAACCCAGUACUUACUGCUUCAAACACCAACGUGUUGUUAACUAAGGUAAUAAAUUGGAAUAGUUACUAACCUAAUCAGUAAAUACAGUUUUUAUUAUAAUUCACAAGUUGUUGCACAAUUACAUAUCAAACAAGAUAAAAUGCCCUUCUUGGAUUCAAUUACUAAGUAGAAUACAGAAAAAUACAAUGAAAUUUGUAAUUCCAGCCAAUAUCGAUGCAUAUUUAUUGUGUGCCAAUAAAUACCUGGUCAAAUUCAGUCAUGAGUAUCGUCAUGGAUAUCUAUAUCAUAAUAGUUUCCGAUAGUCCUGUUCGAUUUUUAUAAACUAAUCUGUUGACAACAAACAACUCAAGUUAUUUUAUACCUUGAACAGUUAUAACAGAAUAACGUAACUAGUGUUUAAGCUAACUUACUUAGGGCUUAGAAUAGUCAGUUUUUGUAAAGCUUCAGUUGGACAUGCUUUGAUACACAUAUCCAUACUUUUAUAUAUAUUAUGAUUCUACGCAAGUCAACAAUGCAUACAGUUUACUCAUCUUUGUUAGCGAGUGCUAAAAUCCCUUUAUAGAUUAAGGCCAGAUAAUGAAGUCACACAUAGAAUCCAAAAUCUCAACAAAAGUUUUGUCUAUAGCAUGGUCAUUGGCAGCAUAAGUAUUAUGUUUUACAAAUCUGAAUUUGUGAGAUAUCUAAGUCGUUUACAUGCAUUAAGGUAUGAAUAAAAAGAAUGAAAUGUCUCAACAAUAUAUGUAACAUUCAGUGGCUGUAUCGAUUCGGCCCUGGCAGCCUACAAAUCGUAACGCAAAUUUUGCACAGAAAAUAUAGAAGUCGUAACUUCUAAACAAAUAUUCAAUAAACCUGCAAAAAAUUAAAAUAAACUGUCAAGAAUUUUAAGGGAACACAAAUAUGAUAAUAAAUGGAUUGAAUAUCACAGGUUCAUGUGGAUACUUUGAAACAUCGCACAUAACGAAGGUAUAUUAUAAGCCAUAUGUUCAAAAAUAGUUCACCGUGACUAUUAGUGCUAUAAUUAUAAUGGAC